AAGUUCUCAUUUCUUGCUGCUCUCAUUCGUGGAAAAGAUACAUGGUAAAAGUGGCCAAGAUAACUACACUCGGUACUCGAAGGUAAAAGGCACGAGUUCGGAGUUCCUAGUUAUGUGAAGACUGAUUAAACCCCACAGAGAAACAAUAUCUAAGGCUACUUAUAUGAAAGUACACAAAAGAAAAGGAAACCCCCAACAGUACCAAGCAGCAAGUGAGUAGAGCAGACAGCCCACUAAUCGCCUGGCAACUCCGUCAAGUCAACAAUGGGGAUCCCCUCGAGAGUGAAGGAUUCGUCGUCAGCCCUCGCUCUGGGCGUGAGCCUUUUAACCCUCUUCGCCGCGAGUUCAGCAGCAGAAAAGGGCUGGGAAUGGAUUUCCGAUUUCGGCUCAGGCUCUAGCUUCGCUUCUGAUUCUUGAGAAACCUGGAGAGCGUUAGAUGCGGCUCGGAUAUGUGUACAUACCUCAGGAAGCAGUGAUGAACAUCGGGCGUGACGUGGCCGGAGACAUGCGGCUGGUCCUUCGCGAUGAUACCAUGCAAUUGAAGACUGCUUCUCUUCAUGUAGUAAAAGCGAAACCGGACAUACGGCGGUCCUUUAGGGCUGUCGAUGAAGCUGGUGAUGCCCCAAUGCAGAUGGGUUGGGGGCAGCGCAACCGGAUCACCGAAGCAGACCAUAGCCGAUAUGUCUUUGCCUUUUGCAUUUUUCUCGUGCAAGAUCUCCGGCCUAUGCCGGGUUCGGGGCUCGUCCUGGUAAACUUUCGGCCGAUCCCUAUCGUGCGGUUUAACGUAGGCGCGAUACACCGACAACUCGAUUACCCCGAUAGCUGCGGCAUCCUCCUUCCCCAGUUGGAUUCCAUCACUAUCUUCAGUCAUCUGGACUUCACGGGAAUAGUACGGCAAGCGUUGGUUGUCAGCAAUCCGGAAGCCGGUGCAGUAACCUCCAGCUGGUUCAUAAGUCUUUUUACGCCCGGAGGGUACGGAGGGUGCGCAGGGUGUGGGGGGUACAAAAGGUCCGCGCCAAUGGAAACCAGGAUCGCGAAAUAAGUUUCUGAGACCGCCUCAACGUAAACCGACGCAACAGCUUGGGCGCUGCCGUCAGGGGGCUCGUCGCAUGGAUACUCGAGCAGCGGUACCCGGGUCGCCAGGUCGCAAAGCUCGGCUCUGACUCCACGAUGGGUUGGCAUGGUGGGCCUGAAUUGCUGGUCGGGGUAUUAGAUGGGACGAAAGGUGGGAUGAGGAGAUGUGGGGCGAGACGUGAGAAACCGAGAAACCGAGGGCAAGCUUGGAAUUUCGGUGGCCUGCAGAGGUCGACGGAGUGUAUUGGGUGCAGUGGAUCGUUAUUGAAGCUUCACACCAGGAGCUUGACGUAAGACGGACGUGGU